UCCUCCUCCUCCUCCUCCUCCCCCCCUCAAAAGGCAAAGGCCAUUGACUCUUCUGACCGAGUUCAACUUCCUUGUCUUGACACUCUCCUUGCUUCCCAUUCCUCUGGGAACCCGGUUCUUUCUCACAAGUUUGUGUUUGUGUGUACAGUACUGUCCAAGUUCCAGCACGUGUCUGGUAGUUCUCGCUCUCCUGGCCCGGAACUACUUUAACGGAACUACUGGCGUACAACACGUCCACCACACACAAACACUUAUUAUCGUUUCACUCCCCAUUCCCCUCUCGCGGUCUUCUCCAGUACUUCUCUCAGGAAGUACCCACCCCACUCGCCAUGCAUUCCACCGCAUCAGCACAUACCAGCCCUGUCAAGGACGGCAGGCGGAUUCUCGGCGAGAAGACCGCCAACGCGUGCCUGUCGCCCGCCCGCCCUCGCCACGCCGCCUCCCUCUCGCCAGCGAAACGGCCAUUCCUGGAGGCACCGUCGUUCACCUCUCCGUCGAAGAAGCUUCUUCCAUCGCCGCUGUUUGCCGGUCAGAAACGCACCAUUGACCAAGUGGAGGGCCCCCACGAGCAUGAGAGCAAUACCCGCGAGCGCGCGCCGGCGGCGGCAGCAGCAGCAGCCCCAAUCCACGCGCAAGAGGAGCUGCCUACCGAAUCCUCUGCAAUUGCAGCAGACGAACAGAUCCCAUCCGACGCGACACAACAACCGAGUAUUCCAGAUCUAGAAACACAACAACAACCACAACAACAACCCUGUAAAUCCACCCAACCAUCCACACAACAACCCCCACCUCCCUCCACGCGAGCAGUCCUCUCCGACCCAGCGACGCGCAAAAGCUUCAUCCACGAGAAAGCAACCCUCCUCCGCACCCGCCUCCAAACCGCCAUGCGUCACGUCCGCGACCCGCAAUUCGACCGCCGCCUCUCCGAGCUUGAAGCCCACAGCCGGAAAUGUCCCCGCCUAGUCGUCGCCGAAACAAGCGGAUCCUACACCCCUGCGCCGACACGCAUGGGCGGUGGCGGUGCUGCUACUGCUGACCCAAAGACCCCGGUCCCGUUCGUCAGUGCCUCCAAUCUUCAGCCCGAGCGCAACGCUUCCCUGGAGAAGCAUGCGUCGGGGCUGUCGUCGCCGCCGCUCUCGACGGGGAAUGAGGCUGCGUCUGCGUCUGCGCUGGAGGAAGAGGAGGAGGAUGGGGAGGAUGCGAUGAAGACCCCGACGCAGAAGAUGUAUCGGCAAACGGGAGGAACAGGAAAAGAAGCAUCGCCGAUGCAACUGAGUAGUCCGCCUGCGACGGUGUCGCGACGGAGGAUUGGGGCGGGGCCGGGGACCGGGACCGGGCUCGAGGAGUCGGACGGUGAAGAGGACGGGAUAGGGAUGGGGAUGGGGAUGGGUUUUCCGGAGACGCAGCGGCGGUUAUCGCAGAAGGGGGAUGCGGUAGAUGGGCUGUUGAAGUUGAUGGGGACGGCGGAGCAUUCCGGAAAAGAGGCGCGGACGGGGUGAUUUCACUGAAGGACUGCCGCGCGGCAACCGUGCCAUACGGAAUCAGUCCCUUCGGAGGAUAGCGUAAUGCCUACCUGCCUGUCUGCCUGUCGGGUCCUCCGCCGGAUAUGAUCUACCCAGUGUUCAAGGUUGUGGAUGAGGGCACCGCGGCCCUUUUCCGGACGGCUCAUCACUCACGCCCACGGGGUUGAUGCCAUGCAUGUAAUGUAUAUAGACUCAGGGAGGACUUUUGCUGCUGUCUUGUAACUGGAUGGAUGGCAGGCAGGCAAGGCAUGCGAGAGAGAGAGAACCAUGAUACCCUUCCUACUUUCUCCGUUCGCCCACUACAGAUUGUCCGCUACGAUCCUCAACCAACUCAA